CCGGCCGCUUUGUCCGUGUAAACAGGCCCAGGGAGGCCAGGCCAAGCCCAGCCGAGCUGGCGGACACAGGCCGCUCGCUCUUUGCCCUUUUUUUCCCGUUAUUUUAAUUUUGGAGGCCUCGCACGCCCUCCACUUGAACCCCGUACCGACAGAGGAAGCGCCAAGAGGGGACGCGGCUAGCUAAAGGGGCGGGGCCCGUGUCGAUCUGAUUGACGUCGCCGUAAGCCAAUGGGAAGUGGGCGUGUCCGGUUUGGCGGCCGUGAUUGACAACUUCGCGGGGAGGCCGUGUCCAAUCAGGUCUGUUGGAGGAACAUGGCUCAAGAAACCAAUCAGACUCAAGUGCCUAUGCUGUGUACCACUGGCUGUGGAUUUUAUGGGAACCCACGAACGAAUGGCAUGUGUUCAGUUUGCUAUAAGGAUUUUCUUCAAAGGCAAAACAAUAAUGGCAGAAUAAGUCCUGUGUCUCCCAAUUUGAACAAUUUAACUGAAGUGUAUCCUGUUCACUGUACAGAAGAGAAUCUCCCAGAAAUACCAUCAUCAUUCUCUUCUUCCUCCACUUCAGGCCAAUCAAGUCCACAACCAAUAAUGGGAAGAGGGAAAAGGGGAAGAAAGCAAAGAGAGAAGAAGGGAAGAUCUAUUAAAAGAGAGGGAAGAAAGGGAAGGAAGAGAUCAGUGUCCAAUCAGCUGCUGCUACUAUCCCGUGAAUCGGUAACGAGUCCCCAAAGUGAUGGGGACCACACAGAAGAUAACCAAGCAAUGACUAAAAAAGAGUUGCAGGCUUCUACAUCUGAAGAAAUUGCAGAGACAUCUUCUGACAGACAGGAUAAAUCUCCUGAAAAACCCAAGCAGAAGAAGAAUCGUUGUUUUACCUGCCGGAAAAAAGUAGGACUUACAGGAUUUGAUUGCAGAUGUGGAAAUUUGUUCUGUGGAUUACAUCGUUAUUCUGAUAAGCACAGUUGUCCUUAUGAUUACAAAGCUGACGCUGCUGAAAAAAUAAGGAAAGAAAAUCCUGUUGUAGUUGGAGAGAAGAUCCAGAAAAUUUGAACUGCUACUUACAUUAAAUUUUUUCUUUUAAACCACGUGAACCUAAUUAAACAGCGGAGAGGAUAAGCUGAGCUUUGUAGUUCAUUCUGGGAGUUUGAAGCAUUGUACUUGCAUAGAACUUUAAAUCAUGCAUGCCACGAACAAUAGAAUUUGAGAACAGACUGAAGUUCUUUUUUUCUUUUAAAUAUUCUGUGUUUGAACAAUUACUGCUUAUUUAAGAACAAGUCCAUUUGCAGCCAUUUUAAUCUUAGGUUAAUUGUUGAGCUUUUUUUAAGUGUAGGUGUUCAAGGGCAGCAGUUUUUCAUAUUAAGCAUGCAUGUUUCAAAUUCACCUUUUCUUCCUUUGUGUAUGUGGCCUUUCUCAGUAGCACGAUUUCUCUCAAGGCAGUGUCACAAAUGGGCCUAUCAGUAACUGUACUCUAAUCACUGCUUUGUUCCAUUCAUGAAAAGGCCCCAUGUGUUACAUCAUAGCUUGUUUGCUGCUCCAUCUCAUUGAUAAUUUAUGUACAUAAAUAUAUAUGGUUUAUGAAUUGUCCUGAAUAUGUCAUCAAUGCUGACUACAAGUUUGAUAAGAAAAUACAGUAAGGCUUAACCCUAAGCAUAAGUCAAACACAAGUUGGUAAUAGUGCUGUAUUUAUGUUAGUUUAUGCACUGUCUUAAUCUUGAUUUAAAUAAAGUUAUAAAGGAAAACUACUGAUUGUUUGGAGAAACAAAAAAGAAUAUCUUUAGAGAGCUCCUAUCUGUGCCUUGAUAUAAAUAUAAGACUUGUAAUACAGAGUUUUUAAAUAUUGCUGAACGGAAGGACAUAUUGUUGAAGCUCUGCAUUUUGUGCUCAUCAGGGCAAACAUAAAUGAAUGUCAAUUUAUGCUCCAGGUAAAAAGAAUGUUGAUUAGUUGGCAAGUCAUUUCUGGUCACGUCAUUGCCAUAAAGAAAAACUGUAGGUUUCCCAAGCUAGUGUCCAAUUCAAAAGCAUAUUCCCUUUCCCUGCAUACAAAUGAUUCUGAUGCAUAAUGUAUAUUACUUACAGCAGGCAUAAGUGAGUCAUGUUACAAGCCUUGCCCAGUUUAAAAUUACCUGGAAGCUUGGAGACCCUAUUAUUGGCUGAGAAAGCAAUCAGAAUCAACUUGUCAGUCAAUCAACACACUUUUUUUUUCUCCUGCAGUAUGAAUUGCUGUGAUUAUUUGACAUUCUUACAAUUGUCCUGAUGAGACACAGCUUCGGCAGCAUGUCCCUUCUCAGCAAUCUAUGUAUAUGGAACUUUGGUUAAAGCAUUCUCCUCUUGCACCCUGCCAUCCUCCAUUUUGAUGAUGUUUUUAAUUAUUUUUGUGAGUAAGUUCAUUGGUUAUUAAACCCUACAGAUUGGUUUCAUAUAUGGAAACAUAUAUAUAGUUUCUUGACUUGUGUAACUAAGCUUUGCAAAUGUGGACCAGUACAUAAUGCUACUGAACCAGCAAUGAAAUGUAUUUCAUGUGGAUACAUAUUUAAAGAGGAUCGUAUUUUGGAGUAUUAAUGUUAGUUACUCGAACAAUAAUCUUUUCCAAUUCUCUUUUUGGUCUGGUGCUUAUGUGGGGGAUUUGGUUUAAGCUCUAUGGUUUAACUCCUUAAUUAAUAACAGUGCAUUUUAUGGCUUGUUGAUUCAAACAAUUAUGGGCAAAAAUAGAGCCUCAUGAUGUUCCUCCUGGAAGUCUUGACUUUGAGCCCUGGAGCACUUGGCUAUGCCACAUUCGUUUCCAGGGAACUAAAUAAAAAUAUGAACUAAACAUGUGCAAUGUUAGAAAGAAGUAAUGAUGGUGGGAGUUUUUAUUUCAGGUGAUUGUGUUGAUUUGAAGCUGCAACAGUGAUUCAAAGUAAAACUAUUUAAAUAGCAAGUUGAAAGCAGCAGGUGCUUUUUUUUUACAUUUUCCCACUGAUACAAUUCUAGGAAUGCUGAGUAAUGUUUAAACAUGAUCCUGUGGUCAGCAACCGCUGUCUGUCCUAUAACACUGGAGCUUUAGAUAAAGUGAGUUCACUGUAUAACAGCUGAGCCCAUUCUUGUUUGCUGCAUCUGUGUACAUUCUGCAGCUGGAGUAAUAAGCAGGAAGCUCACCUCAAUUUUCCGUUCCUCCUUAAACUCUACUUCAGAUUCUAGCAUCUCCAGAAAUAAUGUUGAAUGAGAUGGGGACAAAUAGCAGUUCUGCCAAUGCCACCAGAAGCAAAAUCUUUAGAACCAAAUACUUUUUGAAGUACAGGUGUAUUGUAUCAUGGUAGUAGCCUGUGAAACAACACAAUGGCAACAAGGCUUUUGCUAUUUUCUAGAAAAGUAUCAAAUUAUUAGAUUAUUCUAAAAUUUUACUUCAGCGUAGGGAAUAGAGUCUCAAAUCAGUAGAACAACAUUGUGAUUUAUGAUCUCUCGCCAUUUAUUUAUAAUACAUGACUACAAAUCCAGCUGUGAAAGCAUUUUGUCUGCAUGUUUGCUUUACUGGCAGCAAAUUUAAAUGCACUCUGAGUUCAGGUUCUCAAAACUUCCUUGAAACCGGUUCUGUUUUGAUUGGCAUUCCAGUCUGACAGGACCCUUUUAUCCAAUCACAUCACAUCUGAUGUGACACUGAAGCAUUACGUCAAACUUGUGCUAAUGUCAUUGAUGUGAAGCUGAUAUUAACAUAAUGUUUCCACAGUAAUAGCAUAACCCAACAACAAACAAUUUCUCAAAUUAUACUUUUUGUUUUAGAUUUAUUUUCAGACCUCCUAAAUGGUGCUUCCACAUAACAAGUACAUUUCAUGGGAAUUAACAUGUUUUGUUUCACUUUAUCAUUAAUCAGAAUAUCUUAAGUCUUUCUUUUGUCUACAUAACUAUCUUUCAUACUUAAUCGAAUGUAUCUGAUCACUCUGCAGUCAGUUUCAAUUAGAAGGCAAGCAUGUGUGAUUAUGUAUUUUGUAAAAUUUCACUUUCCAAAAAUGUGACUAUGAUUUCUGUAUUAUAUUUUUAUAUGACUGUAGAUAGCCAAGGUUAAUGUAUUUUAGGAAUUAUUAUUAAGGUCACAGUCUUCCUACUAAAUUUGAAAUUGCAGACCAGAGUCCAGCU